AUGACCAUCUCAUCACAAAUUUUGGUAAUUGGAGCGGGUGAACUGGGGAUUCAAGUCCUUCGUUCUCUAGUUGCACACCCCCGUUGUGCUGGUACGGUGGCCGUCUUACUGCGUCCCGCUAGCAUCAAUUCUCCCAACUCGGCCAAACAGAAAGAGAUCGAGAUACUACGUGGCCUGGGCCUCGGGAUAAUUCCGGGUGAUAUUGUCGAAGACUCCGAGGAGUCCCUAGCUUCGGUAUUUGCGAACUACGACACAAUCAUUUGCUGCACCGGGUUCGUGUCUGGCCAGGGCGUUCAGGUGAGGGUCACUCGUGCCGUGUUAGCUGCCAAUGUCUCGCGCUUUGUGCCCUGGCAGUUCGGCGUGGAUUAUGAUGCUAUUGGGCGUGGUUCCCCGCAAGAUCUGUUUGAUGAGCAGCUCAAUGUUCGAGAUCUCCUCCGGUCGCAAAGGCAAACCCGCUGGGCGAUCAUUUCCACGGGCAUGUUCACCAGCUUCUUGUUCGAGCCAUCUUUUGGCGUGGUCGACUUGGAGAAUGCGACCGUUUGUGCAUUAGGUAGCUUGGAAAAUCAGGUCACGGUCACAACACCGGAUGAUGUUGGGAAGAUCACGGCGGAAAUCGUGUUGGGCGAAGAGAGCGACGCCCUUUUUGCCGAUCGGGUGACUUUCGUCGCAGGCGAUACAGUCAGCUAUGAAGAUGUGGCUUGUAUUGUGGAGUCUUUGGUUCAAAAGCCAGUUCAUCGCAAGGUCCUUACUGUUGAAGACGCAUUGUCUGCCCUAGCCAAAGAUCCGGACAACGGUUUAUUUAAAUACCAAGCAGUCUUUGGCCAGGGACAUGGUAUGGCUUGGAAUAUGGACGACGCGUGGAAUCGUCAGCGUGGAAUGCACGUUACGACAGCCAGAGCAUGGGCCGAGUCUAACUUGCUGUAA